GGGGACCACUGAUGCUGGCCCUGAAGGGGCGGGCAGGGCUAUGUAAUGGAGGGUGGGUAGAAUAUCUGCGUGGCCCUCACAAGCAGGAAGUGGCCGUGCGGUCCUCCAUUUCUCUUCCUCGUUCCUGACAGGGACAGGCUCGCUGAUGCAAUGCAGGAUUUUCGGCUGUGACUCCGGGAGGAGGAGCAGGGGAUGCCGCAGACUGGUGGCGGGCUGCCUCCCCCUCCCCUGUAGUCAGUACAGGCCGCUGACCAGAAGGGACUGGCUCAUCAGGUGCCCGGCUGUCAUCAUGGGCACAGCUGCUGCACUGGGGCUGCUCACCACUCUGCUGCUGCUCACCAGUACGACAUGGGGGUCCUCCAUAAAGAGCCCCCCGCGCCCCCUCAAUGACAGGCCGGUCAUAGGCAUUCUGUCACAGGAGACACACUUUGGCAACCUGCUAUCUUUAGGCCAUUCCUACAUUGCUGCUUCUUAUGUCAAGACGCUCGAGUCAGCUGGAGCAAGAGUAAUCCCCAUAAUGAUCAAUCUCACUGAAGAAGAGUAUGCGAAGAUCUUCAGUGCUAUCAAUGGAAUUCUUCUUCCUGGUGGUGGUGUUGACCUUAGACAUUCAGGAUAUGCGAAAGCAUCCAAGAUAUUCUAUGAUUUGGCUUUGGCGGCAAAUGACAAAGGCGACUACUUUCCUAUCUGGGGAACAUGUUUAGGAUUUGAGCAGUUGACCGUACUGACAAGUGGAGACCUCCUGCUAACACUGACCAAAACGGAGGACAUUUCCUUGCCUCUAAACUUUACUGAAAAUGUCUUAAAAAGCAAAUUAUUCCAGAACAUUCCACGGCCAUUGUAUAAAGCCCUCUCCAGCCUCCCUUUAACCGCAAACUUCCAUGACUGGAGCCUCUCUAUGCAGAACUUUACAGCAAAUGCGAAGCUGAGAAAAUUCUACAACGUCCUGUCAACCAACUUUGAUGGUGUCCUGGAAUUUAUCUCUACGUUUGAAGCUUAUGAUUACCCUUUUUACGGAGUCCAGUGGCAUCCUGAAAAAAAUCCAUUUGAAUGGAAAAAGACCUCCGAUAUACCCCAUACUGCAGAAGCUGUCCAGGUGGCUUUUUAUAUGGCGGACUUCUUUGUUAAUGAAGCCAGGAAAAGUCAGCACCAGUUCUCCGAUGAAGCACAAGCGCAAUAUCCACUAAUAUAUAAUUACUCUCCAGCGUACACAGGAAAUAUUUCUGUCUUUGAGCAAAUGUAUUUUUUCUGAAGAAGUUUUAAAGUUGUUGUUCUUGACAUGCUACCAUCCAUUGUGAGAAGAUAUUUUUGCUAUGCACAUUGUAUUGUUUGCAGCUAAUGUGAUGGCAUCAAAUGAUUUUACAGCAUUCCCUGUUGAACGUAUAUCAAUAGGUGUUACUGGAAUUUCUUUGGAAUUGUUACACUGAAUGUAAACCUUCACGCACUGCGGAGGAUGCCGUGUUUCUUAUUAAAUUAUUUCCUAUGUUCACUCCUGAAAACUGCUAAUAUUAAAUGUUGACUUGAAAAUUCAGGCCAA